AUGUAUCACUACCAGAAGCUCAACUCUCACAUGGCCUUAAUAUCACAACUUGAACCAAAAAAGGUUGAUAAAGCCCUUAAAGGCGUCUACUGGGUCAAAGCUAUGAAGUAUGAACUCGAUCAAUUUGAAAGAAAUAAAGUGUGGGAUUUUGUUCCAAAACAAUCAAACACUUCCACUAUAGGAACUAAAUGGGUCUUCAGAAAUAAACUAAAUGAGUCUAGUCAGGUGGUUUGUAACAAGGCAAGGCUAGUUGCUCAAGGUUACUCUCAGCAAGAAGGAAUGGACUACGAUGAAAAUUUUGCACCUGUAGAAAGAUUAGAAUCCAUUCGAAUACCACUUGUCUUUGCUGCUCAUAAAGAAUUCAAGCUAUUUCAAAUGGAUGUAAAAAGUGUGUUCUUAAAUGGAUAUAUCUCUUAA